UAAAGACUCUUUGAAUCUGCUAGCUGGGAGGUACAGGCUCUUCUCUUGACACCGUAAUGACUCUUUGAAUCUGCUAGCUAGAGUCGCGCAGCCUCUUUGCUAUGUUGACAUUUCAAGUUACCUGUUACGAUUUUAACCAUGAGCAAUUGCAACGGGGGAGGAUUUAAGAUAUUUUUUUCAUUUGCCACGAAUAUUGAUACAACACAUUUAACCAAAUAAUCCAUCCACAACAUAAUUUCAGGAGUGUGUUUGGGUACACCUAAAGUUAGCAAGGAAGCUAAUGUCAUCGCAUAAGCUAGCAGAUAAUGCGUGUCUGUUCUGGGGAUGCCACUUCUGAUUACAGUUAAUAAUAAUCAUCUUUUCUAUCUGGGAUACCAUUGAAAACUCUCCGUUCUCUACGUGAGCUGAGCCUGGACCUGUCAGGAUGAGGAUUUUAAGGUUUUUGAGGAAAGGCGUCUCCGCAGGGAAGGACAUCGACUAUUACUCUAAGUUUUCACCCUCACCUCUUUCAAUGAAGCAGUUUCUGGAUUUUGCAUCAGAAAAUGCCUGUGAGAAAACCUCCUUCACCUUCCUUAGACAUGAGUUGCCUGUGAGGUUGGCCAACAUAAUGAAAGAGAUCAACUUGUUGCCAGACAACUUACUGAGGACUCCUUCAGUCCGCUUGGUCCAAGGCUGGUACAUGCAAAGUCUUCAGGAGAUUCUUACAUUCAAGGACAAAAAUGCAGACGAUGAAAAAGUCACAUAUGAUUUCACAGAUGCGGUAAUAAAGGUCAGAAAUCGUCACAAUGAUGUCAUUCCCACCAUGGCUCAGGGAGUUGUUGAGUAUAAGGAGACGUACGGCACGGACCCGGUAGUCAGCCAGAACGUUCAGUAUUUUCUAGAUCGUUUCUACAUGAGCAGAAUUUCCAUCAGGAUGUUGCUCAACCAGCACACUCUCCUCUUUGGUGGGAAGGUGAAGGUGAAUCCAGCACAUCCCAAACAGAUCGGCAGUAUCGAUCCACACUGUCGGGUCAGCGAGGUCAUCAGAGACGCGUAUGAAAAUGCGAGAAACCUCUGUGACCGCUACUACAUGAACUCACCUGAGCUGGUGCUGGAGGAAUUCAACGUCAAAGAAAAGGACAAACCCAUCACUGUGGGCUAUGUGCCGUCCCAUUUGUACCACAUGGUGUUUGAACUGUUCAAGAACGCAAUGCGAGCCACCAUGGAGUUAUACGGUGACGCCAUGGAGUACCCCGCCGUCCACGCGCAGGUCGCUUUGGGAACUGAAGAUCUGACAGUCAAGGUGUGUGAUCGUGGAGGAGGCGUGCCGCUGCGUAAGAUCGACAGGCUGUUUACCUACACGUACUCCACGGCUCCUCGGCCCAGCAUCGAUGGCCGCGCUGCUCCUCUGGCUGGGUACGGGUACGGCCUGCCCAUCUCUCGACUCUACGCUCGCUACUUUCAAGGGGACCUGAAGCUCUACUCUCUGGAGGGUUAUGGGACUGAUGCUGUCAUCUACAUAAGGGCGCUCUCCACAGAGUCCAUCGAGAGGCUGCCCGUGUACAACAAGUCAGCCUGGAAACACUACAAGACCAUCCACGAGGCAGACGAUUGGUGCGUUCCCAGCAAAGAGCCGAAGGACAUGACCACAUUCCGCAGUUUCUAGACAUGUGAAUACAGCCGAGGUGACGAAGCAAAGUGUGCAGAGAGGUUGCGGUCAUCACUGACUUUAAAGCGUCUCAUAACCAGUUUAAAAACUCCUCACAUGAUGUUUCAUGUUGCUUGUAAAUGCCCACUUACAGUGUGGAGCUGAUGUUCCUGGUUGUUAGCACUCCCUGGUGGACAAACUGUGUAACUACAUCAAUAUUUCUUAUUUACCUCAAACGUAUUUUGACAUUCCUUUAAUGCAGAUUGUCAUGUACCGAGCUACACAUUAAAAACAGCAACGUGUCUGUCAGCUUAAAUGCAGUUGUUAUGAUUUUGGAACUAAUUAGAUUUCCCUCCAGCAUAGCACACUUGAUUAACUGAAACCGAAUGUUUUGAUAUUACGAGGGGUGAGAGGAAAAUGUAUCUGAGACUCAGGUGAAACCCUCCUUUAAAGUAUAACUUUUUUUUUUUUUUUUUUACACUUUGCACUCCUGGUGUUUAUGGCGUUUCUUUGUUUGCUUAGCAGCUUUGAAUUUGCUCAAACUCAAACGUAACUUGUUAGUUGAUCUGUGUGAAGGUUUUUUUUUUUUAGCCCUGCUCAGUGUCAUGUUUCUUAAUUAGUCAGUUUUAAAGGGAAACACCUUCUGCAAAAUGUGUCACAAGUUUCCACUGAAAAAUCUUAAAGGUGGAUCAUUCUCAUUUAGGGCAUUUCUCCUGCAGUGGAACAAUUUGUACAAAGGCAUGUGAUAAAUCAGUAUUGAUUGGGGAUGUGAAAGGGAAAACUUGCACCUUUUUUUUUCUUUGUUACAUAUGAUAUAAAUAACGUGUAGCAUAUUUAGAUUUCCUCCUAAAUCGUACAUUUGAAGUUAUAGUAUUAAGAAUCUUGAGACAAUAUAGACAUAAAAUAAACAGAUCAAAAAGACAA